CGCAAGAACUCGUGUCCCGACCUGUACAGCAUCGGGGUUGCGGACGACUCGUACCGUACGCCACGCAAGUUCGUGGCCACUUACACGUCUCUGAGCGCGCCUAGACCGCGGCGUAGCGUCAAUGGAAUCGGUGGCUCAUCUUCCUCCGAGAAGGUACAGUCGACGGCGGCCCUGGUCGUGACCAACGGCUCUCGAGGACGCCGCGCCAGUGAUGGAGAACCGCCGACGUGCGCUUGGGACGCGUACUACGGCUGGGAGUCACUGCAGCUGUCGCGGCCUCCCAGCGGCGACGCACAGCUGCUGUCCAUCUACACCGAGCGCCUCGUGGAAGCGGUCAACGGUUCCUUCGCCGAAGAACUGUUCCCGCUCGACGAUGAGGGGCCAUCGACCGAGCGUGGCAGCGACGCCAUCGACCAAAGCAGUUCGACCGUUCGGGAGGCGACCGAAACUAGCCGCAUCAGCUGCGCUUCCGAGGAGAAAUCGGUCUCUGAGGUGUCCGUCCGAGGGGAUGGCGUCGAGAAUGCCGAGAGCACUGCGGCUGCCGCCUCAACGUCCCGCGAAGGAAGCGAAUUUGGUUCCCCGAGAAGCACGGGCGACGGCGAAAGCAGCGCCGACAAGAAAUUGUCAAUGGUCAGGUCGUCCUCGUGGCCCGACCUAUCGUCACUGCGGGUUGGCCGCGCACAUUGUCAACCUUCAACGUCCCUGUGUGGUUCUAGCCGUGCUGGCAGCUGUCCAGAAACAUCGGUCGACAGAACCACCAGUGGCGUCGCGCCGUCUUCGGUCGUCGAUAUCGACAGUUCCCAGGCGCUUAGCUACGACGGCUCGCUGUACAAGAACCAGCAGCUUUACUACGAAUCUGACGAAGGCGGCGAUGGUGAGGAGGCGAAAAAUGAAGAGCCGUCCAUGCAUGACAGCUUGGGUUGUGUCAAGAACGCACCCGCCGUGGAGGAAUUCACUGAAGUCGAGCUGCGAAUCAGUGAUUCUGACCACGACGACGACGAGGCGGCAGCCGGCGCCGCCUUGCCCGAGCUGUUCAUCCGCGAAGACGAACGCGAUGCGCCGGUGGGGGCUCACGACCACCGCACAGUUGUUUCAGCCGCUGCACCGAUGGCGGCCGCGCUGCGCGACUCAUUCACUCUGGACCUUCGGUCACCGGGGCUGGCGCGCAGCCGGCUGAACCCGUACACGAUCGAGGUGAUCGCGAACCACGCAUCAUCGCCCGACGAAGUGUUCGCCACCGUGUCGACGCUAGAGGCCCGACUGGCGUCGCGUCCGCUGCCGCCGCUGGUGAUCGACGAGAACGAGCCGGACACGGGAACGUGGUCGUCCACUUCGACAGCCCACUCCGCUUCCACCGUGAGUCGGCACGAGUUGGAAGAGUUCCUGAAGAGCGUCGAGCCGCCACACGACCCUCCUAGUUGGCCUCAGGACGCCGUGACACAGACGACGCCGGGGAUAUCGCGCAGCUCCAGCUUCACGUGUGUGACAGAGUGUGGUGAGGAGCUUGGCUCGUCCAAGGAGAGCCUGGCGGCCGUGCACAACGAUGCCAAGUCUUCGUCAAAGACGCAGCACACUUUGGCCGUCGCCACUCAGUCUCCGUCGCCUGUGUCUAACUCGUCGUCGUCGACGUCCUGCGACGCGCCUCCGACGCCGUUGACUCCGAGGGCUUCGCCGAGCUCGCAGGAGGUCGUCUCCUCGGACCUCUCGGACAGCGCCGCGCACGGGACGGCCACCGUAACCGCCACUGUUGCGCGUCCUCUGCAGAACGGCUCCAGCCCUUCCCUGCCCGCGCUGGACGGUCGCGAGUGCGCCCAGAUGAGCACUCACAGGCAGCAGUCACUGGAGGAGAAGCCGCAGAUCCGCUCUCUGUCUCGUCCCACGACGAAGGCGGCGGACAAGAAAUCUCUGGAAGCGACGUCGACGCUACCGUGGACCGCGCCGCAGCAGCUAAGUCAUAAGGCGUCUUCGGCGCCCGUGUUGCUGAAGAACAGACCGCCGACGUCCUUAGGCGACAGCGGGGCGAAGACGGGACUGGUGCCCGAUGCGGCGUCGGCCGGCAGCUCCCCCGAAGAGGAGGUCAAGGCUUUCCCUCAGGCGAGGUCGCAGUCAGCAAAAGACAUCAAAGAAGUGGAAGCCGUCCACGCUUGCGAAUGGCUGCGGCAGGCAGGAUUCCCCCAAUACGUGCAGAUGUACGAAGACAACAACUUUCCUGUCGAGAUAACGACCGUUCUCCGAGACCACCCGAGCCUGGAUCCGGAUGAGUUACAGUCUCUGUUCAGGAGACUUAACACCCUCAACAAAAGCGCCCGGCUGAAAAGCGACGGCCUAGUGAAGCAAUCGAUGCACCACGAUAGCGACGAGGAGGAAGGCCCCGCGCUGAGCUACAACUGGCAGUUCCACCGGAGCAGCCGGCGCUGGUCGCGCGUCUCCCCGCCCUUGCCCGUGGUGGUCACUCCGACGGGGGGCUCGUCGCGCAAUACUCCGCAGCACGCGACGCAGCAGACCGCCGAGGCGUACAGCUCGCACGACAGCGUAUUCCUGGACGAGCCGCGCAGCAGCCCUGAGAGCCGGCUGUCGACGAGCGACGAGCGCCUGGUGGGCGCCGACCUCGAGGGUUCGCCGGGACCCAAGCUCCGGCGCAGCGGCUCCGAGCGGAUCCGCGACGCCAUCCUCCGGAGGAUGGACAGCCUGCGCGGGAACCGGCGCCGAAAGAAGCGCGCUGCUCCGAACCAAGGUCCCGGCGCCGGCAACGAUCCCACGGUGGGUGGCGGAGGAGGUGGCCCAUGGUCCAACCACCUGGGUCCCGAAAGCCAUGCGCUCAGUGACUCUGAAUGCUCGCCCCAGCUAGCACACCGGCGUAAAGGUGGAAGUUUUCGGUCCAGGCACAAGAACCAACAGCCUCCGGCACGCUGGCUGUCAGCAAGCACAGAGCACGGCCGCGUGAGCAUCUACGACAAUGUGCCCGCCGGGGAAGCUCCGAACAACCAGAGUGCAUCCUUACAGCAACAGCAGCAGCAGCUGGAACAGGACCAGCCGCAAGACCUGCAGCAGCAACAAGAGCAGCAGCGAGCAAUUGACACAGGCAGUGUGGGGUCUGGAUCAACAGGCAGAGGGGUUCCCGAGGAAAACGACAGACCGACAUACACAUCCGAGAGGCGGGACUCUGGUGUCGGCUCGUCGCUCACAAGGGCUGGAAAUGGGAGCCCCUGCACCCAGGGUUCAGCGUGGCAUUGUUUUUCAUCCUCUCCUGAGCAGCUGACAUGCAUGACUGCACUGCGCUAUGAGCACCUGUCAGCAUCCCAGUUGCUUGUGCUCAAGAAACUGGCACUGCUUCACCUAACAGCUCUGAUGGAGCGGUUUUCGCCACCCUACCGGUCAGGCUGGGGCUGGGCUGUUCCAAAGUUCAUCAAGCGCAUGCGUGCUCCUGACUACAAAGACAAGACAGUCUUUGGAGUGCCCCUUAGUGUGUCCCUACAGCGGACAGGACAUGCUCUGCCACCAUCUAUUCAAGGGGCCAUGGAGUUCUUGCGAAAAAGUGCUCCUGAAGCUACAGGCCUGUUCCGAAAGUCAGGGGUUCGCUCCCGCAUCCAGAAACUGCGUUCGCUGCAUGAAUCUGCCAUGGGGCCCAUUUCAUACGAGCAACACCAGGCAUACGAUGUGGCUGACCUGCUGAAGCAGUAUUUCAGAGAGCUUCCAGACGGCCUGCUCACAAGCAAGCUGUCUGACACGUUUCUCUGCAUCUUUCAACACAUUCCAGAAGAACUGCGGUUGGACGCGCUGCAGGCAGCAGUCCUCCUCAUUCCAGACGAGAAUCGAGAAGUCCUCGAAACGCUACUUGUGUUCCUCGACGAUGUGUGCAGGCAUGCGCAAGAAAACCAGAUGACCGUGGCCAACAUCGCAGUGUGCAUUGCACCGUCCCUUUUUCAACUGGCGGUGCCACGAAGCGCGAGUGCGAGUCCGCGAAGGCGGGCAACCACGGUGGGCAUUCCUGACCAGCGCGAACUCAACGAGAACAGGGCUGCCCACGAGUGCCUGGCACGAAUGAUUGUUGACCACAAGAAACUCUUUCAGAUUUCGCUGGAAACGCUGCAACAGUGUCGUCUGGAGCAGUAUGAACCAAUGACCUUAGAUGAGCUUGGAAGCCUCAAGUCAUACCUCGAAGGAUGCCUUCAUGCCCUUAUCACUGAGGCCCGGGAGAAGAGCAAAGGCUGGGCAAACGUGCAGCAUGCUGACGUUGACUUGGCCUUCAAAAAGCCGGGGGACGGUCUUCCACUGCGGCUGUGGCGAUGUGUCGUUGAGGUUGAAGCUCCCCCAGUUGAGCUUCUCACUAGGAUUCUUCGUGAGCGGCACAUCUGGGACAACACGCUCAUCAAGUGGCGACACAUUGCCAGGCUGGACAAGCAGAGUGAGAUCAUCCAGUACAUCUGUGGCUCCAUGAGGCCGCAUGCACCAAGAGACUUCUGCGUGCUAAGGGCAUGGCGUACGGAAUUGGCCAGGGGGUCCUGUGCCCUGGUGGAGCUCUCGGUCAAUCAUCCGGAUGCCACUGUACUCCUGCGUGGCGUCAGGGCAGUUGUGCUCGCUUCUCGCUAUCUCAUCGAGCCCUGUGGGGCGGGCAAGUCAAGGGUCACGCACAUCAGCAGAGUUGAUUUCAGGGGUCGAACCCCGGACUGGUACAACAAGGUGUAUGGCCAUUUGUGCGCCCUGCUGCUGGUCCGGCUUCGUGAUUCCUUUGUUCAACGCACUGAGGGGCCCGAGACUAAGGUCUGACGGCCAGUCAGGUCCCACUGUCACUGUACAUAUCCCUGACACAGGCUUCUGGCCCAUGGUGGAAGAAAGGCAGCAGACAUGUGCACACACAAAUCUCGUGGUGUUCUUCAAGCACACUUAGUUGCAGAGCUCGCAACAGGGUGGCCAGCUGUAAUGGCUCACCAGCUGUGGUGCUAAGCACAAGGUUGCAGGAUUGAUACCCAGCCCAUAUGCUUGAGAAUAUGUGUUGAAGAAUUCCAUGUGGUUCAAAUUAAUUUUGUGCCCUUCAACUGUGACAUUUCCCAUAGCCUAGUUGUAGGUUAGAGCUGCAAAUACCAGUCAAACAUCCCAUAGGCCCUGUGUUCCAAUUAGUGGCGCAAUGAGUGGAUCAAAAUAUGGAAGUCUGUGAAUCAAUAUGUUGCCUGUAUUGCUGCUGCAAACUAGCAGGUACAAUCUUCCAUAGAUGCACAUGCCACUAAUGCGAGUGAUUUUGUUUCCACCCUGCAGCAUGAACCCACCUGUCAGCCCACAAAAAUUGCUCAUGGGGAUGGCCGGAAUACAAAGCAGAGCUUUACGGCCAGUAUGAUUGGAGAACUCUGACAGUUCAUAGCCAGUACCCACUGCAGAGGUUUAAGAGCCAUCUGUUUCUCUAAGGGUGCAGUUCAAUUACUGUUGCAAGGUAAGCUGCCAAGUGGACAAAUUAUGCCAGGCAGCCUUGCUGAGAUUCAUACUCAUAAAUGCACAGAAUCUAGGACUUUGGAUCUGUGCAUUGCCUCCACAUGCACUGCAUAUUCAUGCCCUAUCAAGAGUGAUAUUGGCCACAAUGUCAGUUAGCAUCUGGGACGCAAGUUGGCCUUCUAAAUUUACUGUUCUUCCUAAAAUACUAAAGCCAUCAUCAUUGCACACAGUUUGCCUAUAAGAUGUCAUAUGAAUGGAAUUUGAUUUCAAAUAACAUUCAAUGUUUCCCUUUAGUUUAGAUUGUUCUUGGUUAAUAAUGAUAAUAAUAAUGUAUUAGUGUAAAAUAAAUAGUUCUACAUUUAUUAAAGUUGUGUAAUUCAGCUUGAUAUUGAUCUUGCUUAUGCAAUUGCAGUUUAUGAUCAAAAGCAUUAUAUGUCACAGUACUGUUGCUUUUCUUUUUAUUAAACACACACUGGUCCUUCAAGAGAACUGGGAUUCACCCAAAGGGAGACAUUUGGCAGAAUUAUCAGGCUUUAAUAUAGCAGUGGCAUCUGGCUUGUACAUAGCUAUAAUUGUUUGAAAUGAGAAAUGCGUCAAUGCAUCACUUGGCAGUUACUGUUUGUUAUAGGCUGUUAUAAUGUGCAUUUGAAAGUUUAUCGAGAGCUUUUUCUGUUGCUUUCAUACGUAUGUGUUGUUGCAUGUUUGUGGGAGACUUGUCCAUCUGUGCAGUCAGAGUAACAAAGCCGUGCAAAAGAAUAAAAAUUCGCACAUAUUCAGGCAGGUUAUAUCCAGUUUAGAUUGUUACAGCAUGUGUGAUAGAUACCUUGCUAUGUAUAAUUCUGCUAGCCUGGGCUCCCUGCUUUUGACUGAUGUUGUUCAGGCCUGUUUUAAGGCAGGAUAAGCCAUACUAGGCACGUGUAAUUGGUGCCUCAUGAAUGUUUUCGCUCUGCUCAAGACAUAAUUUGACCCGUGUUCAUAUCAGCAUUUGACUCGCUGCCUACCUUGGGCAGUUUACAUACACAUCAAUACAUGAGCUUAUUUAAACAAGGUGAUAUUUGUGCUUGACUCUGAAGAAAUGAUUUCGCACAAAAACCGACCAAGACAUGACUACAUUAGAACAUAUCUCUGCUCACAGUGUCACUCUUGUAGAGAUAUAGCAUAUCUGAUAGCCUUCCAUGAAUUAUCUUGUGUCUAAUGAAAUAUUUCUGAGAAAUUUCAGCAGGUAAACAUUACAAUGGGUGGCGAUCAUCAUCGUUUACUUAAGUGUGUCAAGACAUGGAAAGAAAAAUGCUACGUCUCAGGUCAAAUCAAGGACACAUUACAACAACCCUCCAUAUAUCAUUGUUUUUUUUCUGCGCAAGCACACUAACUGGGCAUCAAUUAUUCUUGUUUGUUUUAUGUACAGGGACCAGGUUGUUAUUAGCUGCCUAGUCAUGAAUCAGUCUGACAUUUCAUGUAAUGCUGUUGUAGGGGAACAAAACAGCAGUUUACCAAUUACCUAGUCAGGUGUGAAUGUGUGUACAGAUAUUAUAUGUGCAUAAUAUUUUUAACUUAUUUCAGCUGUUGUAUUAUCUCGAACUGCUAGCUUUGAAGUACCUUAAAAUAAAACACAUUGCUCUUGAAGCCUUGCUUGCUGACAGUAUGAAGAUUCACCAGAAAUUUCCAAACUAUAUAAACUCCGAAAUUAUGAAGACCUUAUGUGCUGGUUGACUACAAACAUGAAAAGAAAAUAUGGUGUUGUGUAUGCAUUAAAUAUGUAAAUUUCUUGUUGUACUGUUGUGCAGAGUGUAUAUAUUCAGCAUGCUCUGUUGAAAACAAUCAGCAAAUUUCAUUCUGUAGAGAGAAAAGUAUGAGUGAGAAAUGCUAUAUAUGUAAAUAGCAGAUUUAUUCAGUGGUUACUUUUGAAAAAAUAAAGAGAAUCUAUAUAUCUGUACCUGGAA